AUGGCGAAGCGCUUCUCUACCGCCGAUGUCGCGUCGCACAAGACUGCGAACGACCUGUGGAUCAUUGUAGACGAGGAUGUCUACGAUCUUACCAAGUUCCAGGACGAUCACCCUGGCGGCAAGAAGAUCCUCCAGCGAGUAGCUGGCAAGGAUGCCUCAAAGCAGUUCUGGAAGUACCACAACGAGAGCAUUCUGAAGAAGUACCAAAAGCAGCUGCUAGUCGGAUCACUCGAUACCAAGGCUGCUCCUCCAGCUCCUCCCGCGGCCGCUGCUCCGGAGAAGAAGGAAAUUGUUAAGCCAGAGGCAAAUCCUGGCGUCGUAGCACCUCAGCCAACUCAAGCUGCUGAGGAGUCGGAGCCUUUCGAUUCCUAUGGCGACCUCGUCCCAUAUGCGGACCCUUCGUGGUACCAAACUUACCACUCUCCCUACUACAACGAGACACACGCUGCCCUACGCGCAGAAGUCCGCGACUGGGUUGAGGAGAAGCUCAUGCCAUAUGUCACCGAGUGGGAUGAAGCAAAAAAAGUCCCAGAUGAGAUCUUCCUCGAAAUGGGAGCACGAGGAUACCUCGCCGGUAUGCUUGGCGUCAAGUAUCCUACACAAUACACCGACCUGAGGGUCAAGAGCGUACCACCAGAGAAGUGGGAUCACUUCCAUGAGAUGAUCAUCACCGAUGAAAUAUCAAGGACAGGCAGUGGUGGUCUCGUCUGGGGCUUGAUCGGUGGAUACGGAAUUGGCGGACCGCCUCUGUUCAAGUUUGGCAAGAAAGAGCUUGUCCAGCGCAUUGGUCCCGAUCUGCUUAGCGGAAAGAAGAGGAUUUGUUUGGCAAUCACCGAGCCAGAUGCUGGCAGUGAUGUCGCGAACCUGACCUGUGAAGCCAAGCUCUCUGAGGAUGGCAAACACUACAUUGUCAAUGGCGAGAAGAAAUGGAUCACAAAUGGUAUCUGGUCUGACUACUUUACCACCGCCGUCCGCACUGGCGGUGAGGGCAUGAACGGUAUUUCAGUCCUUUUGAUUGAGCGCAGCGCAGGCGGUGUUUCUACACGUAAGAUGGAUUGCCAGGGUGUGUGGAGCAGUGGUACCACCUACAUCACCUUUGAAGAUGUCAAGGUUCCUGUUGAGAACCUCAUCGGAAAGGAAAACCAGGGUUUCAAGGUCGUCAUGACGAACUUUAACCACGAGCGUAUCGGUAUCAUCAUCCAAUGUCUCCGUUUUUCUCGUGUAUGCUACGAAGAGAGCAUGAAGUACGCACAUAAGCGCAAGACCUUUGGCAAGCGCCUCAUCGACCACCCCGUCAUCCGUCUCAAGCUCGCGCACAUGGCUCGUCAGAUCGAGGCCAGUUACAACUGGAUGGAGAACCUCAUCUACCAGUGCGAGAAAAUGGACGAUAUGGAGGCUAUGCUCAAGCUCGGAGGCGCUAUCGCCAGUUUGAAGGCCCAGAGCACAACCACAUUCGAGUUCUGUGCUAGGGAAGCAAGUCAAAUCUUUGGUGGCUUGAGUUAUAGCAGAGGCGGACAGGGCGCCAAGGUCGAAAGGUUAUACAGAGAUGUCAGGGCGUAUGCUAUUCCCGGUGGCAGUGAGGAGAUUAUGCUUGACUUGAGCAUCAGGCAAGCUUUGAGAGUACACAAGGUCCUGGGCAUGAAGCUGUAA